UUAGGUUGCUCUUGUUCCGAAGCCGAACACCGACUCUACGAUGAAUUGUUCGCAAAUUACAACAACAUCAUCAGGCCUGUAGAGAAUGUGUCUGACCCGGUCAUGAUUUGGUUUGAGGUGUCCCUGUCUCAGCUGGUCAAGGUGGAUGAAGUGAACCAGAUCAUGGAGACCAAUUUAUGGCUGAGACAUAUCUGGAACGAUUACAAGCUCAAGUGGAAUCCGGAGAACUACGGAGGUGUCCAGUGUAUUCGAGUGCCAUCACAUAAGAUCUGGAAGCCUGAUAUUGUAUUAUAUAACAAUGCUGUUGGAGACUUCCAGGUGGAUGACAAAACCAAGGCAUUGCUGAAUUACACCGGAAACGUAACUUGGAUGCCACCGGCUAUUUUUAAGAGCUCGUGUAAAAUAGAUGUCACCUACUUCCCAUUUGAUUACCAGAACUGCACCAUGAAAUUUGGCUCCUGGUCCUAUGACAAAGCUGAGAUAGACUUGGUUCUAGUUGGCUCUGCUAUGAACCUCAAGGACUACUGGGAAAGUGGAGAGUGGGCCGUUAUUAAUGCACUGGGCUAUAAACAUGACAUCACGUACAACUGCUGCGAAGCCGUGUAUCCAGACAUCACCUAUUCCCUUUAUAUCAGGCGGCUGCCCUUAUUUUAUACCAUCAAUAUGAUUAUCCCAUGUCUCUUGAUCUCUUUUUUGACUGUGUUGGUGUUUUAUCUACCUUCGGACUGUGGUGAGAAAGUAACAUUGUGCAUAUCGGUCCUUUUAUCCUUAACUGUGUUCCUGCUGGUGAUAACAGAGACUAUUCCUUCUACCUCCCUGGUGAUCCCACUGAUUGGGGAAUAUCUCCUCUUCACCAUGAUAUUUGUAACUCUCUCUAUAGUCAUCACAGUCUUUGUGCUUAAUGUGCACUAUAGAACACCAAGGACACACACCAUGCCCAAGUGGGUGAAAAACAUUUUCCUAAACUUUCUCCCCAGGAUCAUGUUUAUGACCAGGCCCACCAGUGAAGAGGGUGAUGACAGCCAAAAGCAAAAGCAAUCUUACAAUACUGAGUUCUCCCACUUAAACUGCUUUGGUGGCUCAGAGACCAGGUGCUACAAAGACAGCUUCCCAUGUGAGGAUUUGGCCUGUGCUUGGUGCCAGCAUCAACACAUAAAAUACGUCAAGGUGAACAGCAACCUGACCCAGAACUCCAGUUCUGAAUCUGUAGAUGCUCUGCUUUCAUCUUCACUGAUAUCACCAGAAAUGAGAGAUGCAAUUGAGAGUGUUAAAUACAUUGCAGAAAACAUGAGAUUGCAGAAUGAAGCCAAGGAGACUCAAGAUGAUUGGAAAUACGUUGCCAUGGUCAUUGAUCGCAUUUUCCUGUGGGUAUUUAUUCUUGUGUGUGUUCUGGGGACCGCAGGAUUAUUUUUGCAACCCUUGAUGGUUGGUGAUGAAGUGUAG